AUGCUCAAUCUUCUCAAUCCUUCAUCAUCAUCUUCCAUCAAUUCCUUUUCCUUUUCAUCUUUCUUUCUUUUUCUCUUUCUUCUUUCCUCUUAUUUUUCUUCACCAACACUUAUGCCAAAAAUGGGUAACAAUCAACAUCCAUCAUCACCAUUGGAAGAUUGUUUAGUUUUUCCACCAUAAUUAUUAUCAUCAUUCUAAUGGUGGAGAUUGUGAUUCCUUCCCUUUAAAUAAAUUGUAAAAUUAGUGAGAAUUAGUGAAUUAGACAAAUUAACCAACAGCAAACAAUUUAAAUCUAAUGUUUUCCAACCGAUGAACCAAAAAGCAGAAUCAAUAUUAUCAAGUGUCCGUGUAAAUAUGUGUGACUGUCCAUCAAUGUUAUCAUCAUUGUCCAGUGUUAUUAUCAUCGAAUUGCUUGAGAGCAACAAUCAAAGUUUAUCAUUUAAUUUAAUUGUUGAUUUAAAUGGAAAAGAGCAAAAUCUAAUAUCAACGAAGGAAAAUUGAUUUAAUCCAAAUUUUUCAAAAUAAAAACAAAAUAAAAGAGAGAAGAGAAAUAAUAAUUUUCUCUCUUUUUGGCUCUCGAAUUUUUUUUCGAGCUUGUCAAUUGUCCAAAUUUUGGACAAUUGGAAAUUAAUCAAAUCAUGUUGGGACGUAAACAAAGUCUUCGUCGAUGUGAGGUUUUACUUACAGAUUAUGGACCUGAGGAGACUUUCAAUGAAUCGGCAAACAUUGAAUGGGUCAAUAAAUUGUGGAUUCGUCGGUUUUUCCGUCUCUGCGCUCUCAUGUCGCUCAUAUCGGUUUGCCUUAAUACACCACAAACCUAUCGAAUCCAUUUUUCGCUAAUCUAUGUGACAUUGGUCAUCGAUGUUGUGGUCACCUUUUUUUUCACCGCCGAAAUGGUCGCAAAAAUGCACAUUCAAGGUCUAAUCAGAGGAGAUAAACCUUAUUGUAAAGAUAAAUGGUGUCAGUUUGACGCGGUGAUGACGCUUUUUCAUUGGAUCUCCGUUAUACUUCAUGUUUUAGAGGUGACUGAUUUCGUAGCUAGAGAUUCGUCAUUAUAUUCGUUUGUUCGAGCUCCCAGGCCAUUGAUUAUGAUCCGUUUCAUGAGAGUUUUUCUUAAAUUUUCCAUGCCCAAGGCUCGGAUUCGACAAAUUUUCAAACGUUCAUCGCAACAGAUUUACAAUGUAACUCUUUUCUUCCUCUUCUUUAUGACCCUUUAUGGUCUUCUUGGUGUCCAAUUGUUUGGUCCACUUAUCCGACAUUGUGUGGUCAAUGGAACUGACCCUUCAGCGUUAACUCUUAACCAUUUGGCUGUUCCAGAUACUCAUUGUUCCCAUGAUGGUAUCAAUGGUCAUAUGUGUCCAGUUGGAAUGCAGUGUAUUGAACUUGACCUGGAAAAAAAGAUCGCUGGAUUUUCUGGAUUUGAUAACAUUUUCAAUUCCUUUUUCACCGUUUAUCAGGCCUCUUCUCAAGAGGGUUGGUCUCAUCUAAUGUACCAGGCCAUGGAUUCAUUACCACCCUGGCGAGCGGCGGCUUAUUUUAUUACGAUGAUUUUUUUCCUCGCCUGGUUGGUGAAAAAUGUUUUCAUUGCCGUGAUAACGGAAACUUUCAACGAGAUUCGUGUCCAGUUUCAACAAAUGUGGGGUGAACGAGUGACCAUAACACCAGAGGCCACACCACAAGUAUUAAGAGGUGACGAUUCGGGCUGGAAAUUGAUUGAGCUUGAUGAGAAUCAUGGUGCAGGUCAAUUUCGAGCGCCUCGAUUUGUCCGACAGUUCAUUCAAACAGCAGCAUUCCAGGUCAUUAUCAUGAUGGGAAUUGUAGUUGAUGCCAUUGUUGCCGCUUCGGUUUCCUUUGAACAUGAUGGUCGACCUCGAUGGGAAUUUUAUAAAACUUAUUAUUACGCUGAAAUAGCGAUGACCAUUUUCUUUGACGUUGAACUUUUGUUGAAACUUUGGUGCUAUGGUGCCAAAGGUUAUUAUCGAUUAACUUUUCACAAGUUUGAACUCACCUUGGCCGUGAUGACCACUCUUCACAUUAUUCCUGACCUUUUCCUAUCCAUGUUGGCCUUUUUCCAAGUUCUUCGAGUAGUUCGUCUAAUCAAGGCUUCUCCUGUCCUGGAAGACUUUGUGUCCAAAAUUUUCGGCCCUGGUAAAAAACUCGGCUCUCUCAUCAUCUUCACGAUUUGUUUGCUCAUCAUCAUCUCAUCAAUUUCGAUGCAACUUUUUUGCUCUCUCAAGUAUUAUAAUAAAUUUCGUACCUUUCCGGAGGCUUUUAUGUCCAUGUUUCAAAUCUUGACCCAAGAAGGUUGGACUGAAAUGAUGAAUGAGACAAUGUUACGAACCAAAGAGCCGUUUGGACCUUUUGUCGCCGUUUACUUUAUCCUUUAUCAUUUGUUUGUCUCUUUAAUUGUGCUCUCGCUUUUCGUUGCCGUGAUUCUUGACAAUCUUGAACUGGACGAGGACAUUAAAAAGGUCAAACAAUUAAAAGCUCGUGAACAAUCAGCUUCCAUCUCUGAAGAAUUGCCAUUGAGAUUAAGGGUUUUUGAACGAUUCCCUGAUUCCCCGCAAAUGACCAAAUUAAAUAAAGUUUCAUCCGAAUUUGUGAUUCCAAAGGUUCGUGAAUCUUUCAUGAGGUCAUUUAUUGACGAUGAGGAAGAGGAAACACCAUCAAUGAAAAAGGUAGCACCAGACCAGGAGCAACUGAUUACCUAUCGGAAAACAUUUCCAAUCCGUUUACUGACCUCACCUGCCAAGGUUAGAACGGCCAAUGUAGUGAUAAGAAAAAGUUCUGUUAAUCGGAUCGUUAGUGAUUCAAAUUAUCAUCGACUUUUGAUCGGUGAUUCGGGACAAAUUUUUGUCCCUGGUAAAAAUCAACGAAUCGGUGAUCAGGUUAACAAUAAGUUAACCCGUUACGAUGCCAAAUCAAUACGACGAUCAGUUCGUGGAUCGAUUAAAAUGAAACACACUUAUGACCAUUUAAAGGAAAAUGGUGGUGAGAUUACCGAUAAUCCCGCUGCAGGAGCAACAGCACGUAAUCCACAUGAUUUUGAUAUUAAACUAUUACAGAGGAAGCGACAACAGGCCGAAAUGAAACGAAACCAACGGGAAGAAGAUCUGAGAGAGAAUCAUCCAUUUUUCGAUACUCCACUUUUCUUUGUUGGCAGAGAAUCUCGAUUUCGUAGAUUAUGUCAACUUAUUGUCUAUGCUCAGUACGAUCCUCGAAUUCGAGAUCCCGUCACUGGAAAAGAACGAAAAAUUCGAUACAAGGGAAUUCACAAUCUAUUGGGACUAGUGACCUAUUUAGAUUGGAUCAUGAUAAUUGUGACCACAUUAAGUUGCAUAUCGAUGAUGUUUGAAAAGCCACAUUAUCGAAUCGCUAAUCACUCAGAACUUCAGAUUAUGGAAUAUGUUUUUGUUACCAUGAUGGCGAUUGAAUUAUCGCUUAAAACUUUAGCCGAUGGCCUUUUGUUUACACCGAAAGCGCUGGUCAAAGAUGUCGCCGGUAUAAUGGACUUUUUCAUUUUCGCUGUUACCUGCGUUUUCAUCGGUUGGAUGCCUGAAAAGGUUGAACCAAGUUCGAAGCAACAAUUUAUUCUACUUCUUCGAUGUAUCCGUCCACUUCGUAUUUUCAGCCUUGUACCUCACAUGAGAAAAGUGGUCUACGAAUUGUGUCGAGGUUUCAAAGAGAUCGCACUUGUCUCCGUUCUAUUGAUUGUUCUAGUUUCCACCUUCGCCUGUUAUGGUGUUCACAUGUUCGGUGGUCUAUUAGCCCGAUGUAACGAUCCAGAUAUAAGUACACCGGAAGAGUGUGUUGGUGUUUUUUUCCGACGACUUCAUGUUACCAAGAUGAAAGUACCAACGCCUCCCGAUGAUGAAAAUUAUCCUGAAAUUUUAGUUCCUCGAGUUUGGGCUAAUCCUCGACGAUUUAACUUUGAUAACAUUGGUAAUGCAAUGUUAGCACUUUUUGAGGUACUUUCGUUCAAAGGUUGGUUGGACAUUCGAGAUGUGAUUCUACAGCGACUUGGCCCUAUUCAUACGAUUUACAUUCAUGUUUACGUUUUCCUUGGUUCGAUGAUUGGAUUAACAUUAUUUGUUGGUGUGGUCAUUGCCAAUUAUGGUGAAAACAAGGGAACCGCUUUACUUACCGUUGACCAGCGACGUUGGUGUGACCUUAAAAAGCGUCUGAAGAUCGCUCAACCUUUACACCUUCCACCUCGACCUGAUCAUCAUAAAAUUCGUGCUUUCUUUUACGAUAUAACCCAACAUAUAGCAUUUAAACGUUUAAUCGCCAUCUUGGUUCUAAUCAAUAGUUCCCUCCUCUGUGUAAGUUGGGACAAGAAUGAAAAUCACACUGUCCCAUUGGCCACAAUCUCGUCCGUCCUCACAAUGAUGUUUACCAUUGAGGUUUUCAUCAAGGCCAUCGCAUUUACACCCAGAGGCUAUUGGCAAUCUCGACGUAAUCGUUACGAUCUAUUAGUUACCGUUCUUGGUGUAAUAUGGGUUAUCCUUCAUAUCACUUUAAUGAAUGAAAUUAGUUACUCAUGUGGCUUCAUAGUGGUCAUCUUACGUUUCUUUACAAUCACUGGUAAACAUGCAACGCUUAAGAUGCUAAUGUUGACCGUUGCCGUUUCCGUUUACAAAUCUUUCUUCAUCAUCAUGGGAAUGUUUCUCCUCAUCCUUUUCUACGCUCUAAUGGGAGUUAUCCUAUUCGGUAAUGUAAAAUAUGGCGAAGCCAUUGGAAGACACGCGAAUUUCAAGACAGCGAUUCAUGGUAUCAUCACCCUGUUUCGAAUCGUUACCGGCGAGGAUUGGAAUAAGAUCAUGCAUGAUUGUAUGAUCACUCGACCUUAUUGUACACCAGGAGAUAAUUAUUGGGAAACUGAUUGUGGAAAUUUUAAAUUCUCAUUACUAUAUUUUUGCUCAUUCUAUGUUAUCAUUACUUAUAUUGUACUGAAUUUGUUGGUCGCCAUUAUUAUGGAAAAUUUUUCUCUCUUUUAUUCAAACGAGGAAGAUGCUUUACUAAGUUAUGCUGAUAUAAGAAAUUUUCAAAACACUUGGAAUAUGGUUGAUACUCAGCAAAGAGGGAUGAUUCCAGUUCGUCGAGUUAAAUUUUUACUUCGAUUGUUAAAAGGUCGACUUGAGGUUGACCUGGAGAAGGAUAGAUUAUUAUUCAAACACAUGGUCCAUGAGAUGGAGAGGUUACACAACGGAGAAGAUGUGACCUUUCAUGAUGUCAUUAGUAUGUUGUCUUAUCGAUCGGUUGAUAUUAGGAAAAGUUUACAAUUGGAAGAGUUAAUGGCCAGAGAGGAAUUGGAAUAUAUUAUCGUUGAAGAAGUGGCCAAACAAACGAUUCGCCAAUGGUUGGAUAAAUGUUUCCGACGAAUAAAACAACAAAGGCAACAGAGUUUAAUUCAAUCGUUGAGAGCGACCAAUGAACCUUUUUAUGCCGGUCUGGGUGGGCUGAGUCCAGGGAGGGAGGAAUCGCUGCUCGAGAGGAAGGAGUCGGUUAAGGAGGAAAAAGGUCAAGAUAAUAAGGACUCUGUUGGCGAUGCUGGAAGUACAGCAUCAGUUUCUGGUGGUGUCGGUGGUGGGCCGGGUGGGUUGUCAAGUUCAAUGUCUGGUGGGACAAGUGGUUCCUCAUUAGCGGGUGGAAUUGGCUCUUCAUUAGGUUUAGGGUCAAUUGGUACUUCUGGUGGAUCAACUGGUGGUGUAUCGGGUUCUCAGUCUGGUUCUGGAGGAUUGAGUGGAUCAUCGUCAAUAUCAGCGGCUACUUGUAUUGAUACUGGUGUGGCUGCUUCUCGGUGGACCAAGAAAAAGCUUCCGACCCGAUCGGAAAGUUUAACAACAGCUUUUCCAGGUCAAAGUAAACAAAUGUCCGGUAAAAAGUUUCUAACUCCCUCCGCCAAUGUUGAAACUUCUCGAGGUAAAGAUAAAUCUUCCGAUCAAGCAAAAGGACCAGGAACCAAGUGGGGUAGUAAAGUAAUGAACGGCGCGGGAGUUGGAUCUUCGAUAAACUCUGGUGGUGGAAUCGGAUUUUCAUCGGGUGAUUCAAAUGUUCAAGAUUCUACCAUUGGUGGAGAUUCGUGUGGAACGAGUGGAUUUCCCGGUGGAUCAGCUGGAAUUGGACUUCCAACAAGUAGUGGCCUAGGGGUGGGCGGUGAUUCCAUUGACGAUGAAAGUGACACGACGGACAAUUGGCUAUCAUUUUCUGUCGCUCAUUGUAAGAAAAACGCAAAUCUACCCAAAGUGUCAUCUCUGGUCGAGGAGGUUCAUGCCUGGUGGUCUUGUCAAUUAGAUGACCAAAAAGCUAAAAAAAUACCAACAACAAAUGAUUGUACUGCUUAUUGAACUGUUUCAAUUAAAACAAAUCAUCAAACGUACAAUUAAUAUAAAACAAUAAUCAACGAACCAGAUUGAAUCAUUUAUUAUUCAAGUGAACAAAAUGAUAAUAAUAAGAUGAUAAUCAAAAACUUUUAAAUUGCAAAUAAUCAAAAUUUGUUAAUUAUAAUAAUGGAAAACUGUUCAAAUGUUACAAAAAGCAUCUAUUAAAAUGAUCACUAUUUAAUAAUCA